UGCAUAGUGUAUGUAUACUCGGGCAAAAUCACAGAGAAACAUUUAUUUCAGUCAAAGUAUCUAGGGCGGGGCACCAAGGGCUCAAAUUUCAAAUGGUUAUUCAACAGAUGGGUAGGCUAAUGUUUUCACACCCACACUUGGGGUGUUGUGUGACAAUCCGUUAGGCUACAUUCAAAACGAUUUCACGGCUGUUCUUUUUCCACCAAAAAAGUCAUUAUCUUCUACAGAACAUUCAAAACACAAACAUCCAGUCGACAUUUUUAGAUUAACUUUACUUAAAUUGUUAUAUUUCAGUAAAUAACUAGUUUAGAGCAGAACACAGGGCUGUCUCCAAACGGAAAGAAGCAGCUGUGAUUUAUUACAAAAACCAUCUCGCAACAACUCUAUUCCGCAACUUUGUGGCGUUGUGUUUGAACUAUUUCAACAUUUGCGUCAUUGUUAGACCCGCCAUCAAUAGUUUGUAAAUUGAGAGAUAUUUGUUUAGUAAUCGUGAAACGGUGCAACCCCUCGAGCGCCGGAGGUCAUGCAUAAUUCAUGAGCGACUGCUGACACAGGCGUCGUAGAAAAGUUGAGUUUACAAACUUUGGGACAGGAGCAACAAGAUCUACCGAACUGGCCGGAGCAAAGGGAAAGUAGCUACAUUUAAAAUUACUUUUCUCAUGUAGGGACACAUUCAGUUGUUCUCUAUCUUACUCUAAUAGAAUAGUUUUAUAGCGAGUUUGACGGCAGAAAGGUGAACUAUUUUUGUCCACACAGAGGGUUUAUAAAAGUUUGCCUGAGAGUAGCCUAGGCCUACUUCAGAAGGCUCAACGUUUGAUAUUUGUAUAAAGCCUCAACUUUAACUCGUUUUUAUAUUUUCUGUAUUGCUCUAACUUUUACACUAAGACAAAAUGAGCAACCCACUUCAGCCAAUGCCAGGACAACAAGUUAUCCAUGUCGCGCAGGACUCGGAUACGGAUCUCGAGGCGCUUUUUAAUUCGGUUAUGAACCCGAAACCCAGUUCAUGGAGGAAAAAAAUGUUACCCGACUCUUUUUUCAAGGAGCCAGAUUCUGGAUCUCACUCCCGACAGUCGAGCACUGAUUCGGGCAGUCACCCGCCCAGGCUCACCGUACAACACGUACGGUCACAUUCCUCGCCCGCAACUUUACAGAUUGGAUUGGGAGCCAACCCAACUCCAAGCCCGGUACAUCACUCGCACAUCCGCCACCAGUCUUUCGAUGUUGCCGAAGAGUUGCCCCUGCCCCCUGGAUGGGAGAUGGCCUACACGUCCAACGGACAGAAGUACUUUCUCAAUCACGUGGAGAAGAUCACCACUUGGCACGACCCUCGGAAGACCAUGACGACAGCCAUGAACCAGAUGAGUCUCCACGCCCCCCCACCCUCUGCCAGCCCACAGCAACGCAACAUGGCCCUGUCCCAGCCCAACCUUGUGAUGUCCCAACACCACCACCAGCAGCACCUGCAACACACCCAGCAGCAGCCCCAACAGGCCCAGGCCUUGGGUUCACCUGGCUCCCUCCCCCAGCAGCAGAGCUCCCAGGCUGGGAUGAUGAGUCUGUCCAGUCCCCUGGGCGUGGUUGUCAGUACCCAGCAGAAGAUGAGGCUGCAGCGCAUCCAGCUGGAGAGAGAGAGGAUCCAGAGACGCCAGGAGGAGCUCAUGAGACAGGAGGUGGCACUGUGUAGACAGCUCCCUGUGGACUCUGAGAGCAUGGCACAAGCGCCCACCCCUGGUGGCAACCCUGCCCAGCCCAUGACCCAGGGCAACAUGCCCACCAAUGGAUCUGAUCCCUUCCUCAACAGUGGUCACUUCCAGCACUCCCGGGAGCAGAGCACAGACAGUGGCCUGGGACUGGGCUGUUACAGCAUCCCCACCACCCCAGAGGACUUCCUUAAUAACAUGGAGGAGAUGGACACAGGUGAGAGCAUGGCCCAGGCGGGCAGUAUGAACGUGUCUCAGCACAGCAGCUUCCCAGACUUCCUGGACUCCCUGCCAGGGACCAACGUGGACCUGGGAACCCUGGAGGGAGCGGACCUCAUCCCUAUUCUCAACGAUGUGGAGUCAGUCCUCAACAAGAGCGAGCCCUUCCUCACCUGGCUGUAAACACACACACACACACACACAUCUUCUACAAACACACACACACACACACACACACAUCUUCUACAAACACACACACACACACACACACACACACACACACACACACACACACACACACACACACACACACCUUCUACACACACACACCUUCUACACACACGUACACACACACGUACACACACACGUACACACACACACACACACACCUUCUACACACACACACACACACACACACACACACCACACACACACACACACCUUCUACACACACCACACACACACCACACACACACACCACACACACACCACACACACACACACACACACACACAUCUUCUACAAACACACACACACACACCUUCUACACACACACAUACACACACACACACACACACACAUACACACACACACACACACACACACCACACACACGCCCAACAAACAGGACGAGAGACUCCACGUAUCUAAAGACUCUGUCUGUGCUGCCUUUGGUGACCUAUUCAAAUCAGCUUGAUUGAUUUUGUUGUUUCACGUGUCCAGUAAUAAUACCCCCUCUGUCUGCCCGACCACCUAUCAAUCUGAGUUCAGUUCAGGUUAAAGAUAUCUAAAGAGUAUUAACCAAAGCCUUGAGAGAACAAAAAUCAAAUCAAAUCAUGACACGUGUUAAAGUGAAAACUGUAAUGUAACAAAAGUUAGUAGUUUUAUAUGUUCUGUUAGACUCUCCCCACCCUGGUUUUUGAAUCCCAAUCGAUGUUAUUUUUUUACAGCUUUCCUGUCUCUCUUGGGGUGACACUCUGUGGAACAAGUACUUGGUGAAAAAAAUGUAUUGGCGUCCAAUGGUAUUGCUUUGUCAUGACUAAAUGUAUGCAGGGAGGCUUUUUUACCACCAGGUGGCGCUAUUGCUUAAGCUACUGUAGUUAUGAAAUGGCUCUUUACUGGCAACAAGGCUGUCCCAUCUGUAGGUUCUUAGUAGUGCACGUCUGUCGGCUACAGCACUGUAAACCUUCUUCUCUAACAAAUGAUCAAUCACCAACAGUAUUUUAACUGUCAGUUUGGGUUUGAAUUAAAAAUCCACACUGUUACUGUUGUUUCUGUUCAUAAUUUUAUUUUUAACUACAGAUUCACUUCUACAUCAGCAUUAGUAGCCAUGGGAACAAAGUGUGUUGUAUACCAAAUAAUGUUUCCUAUUGUUCGCUACAAUGUCACUACAAAAGCUUUAAAACUUUAAAAUUGUACUUAGUUUGAUUUUUAAACAGAACUGUUUUUAGUUUUUUUUUUGUCAUUUUAAUAAUUGUACUCCAAUGUAGCUAAUUGAACACUAAAAUAUCAUGCCUCAGUUAUGAAACAAUGUCAAAUUCUGUAUUCUAAUACGUACAUUUAAAAAAAAAAUAUCAUACUAUAGUAUUUGUUUUUUUUUGAUCUGUAAAAUAGCCUACAUGUGUUCUUUGCAUCUGGUGCCAUUUGUAGGACUUAUAAUAUAGUUAGCAUUUUUUUGUAUUUAUCAAGAGCUAUGAUUCUAUUUCUUUUGUUCAAUUUUUAAAAUGUUUUUUUUUUUUUUUUUUUUUUUUUUUAAUGAAAUUGAGAUUUCAAAGCACUACAAAUCAGCAAAAUGAUUGAAAUAUAUCUGAUCAUGAAGUGAAUGUUGAAGUUAGAUGAUCACCAGACGUUUUAGUUUCAAUAUGCGUUGACGCUUGAUAAUCCUUCAUACGCAAACUCUCCUUGGUCUUCGGUCUGUUUUUUGGUUGUUUUUUUUUGCAGAAAGGACUUUUUUUGUCUUCCUUCUAAUAUCUGUUCUACGGGGAAUUAUGCAACAAUAGUCUUUUCAUAGGGUCAGAGGUUAUUGUGCCUAUACGUUUUUUAGAGGAUUAUUAGUGAAUUGUCAGAUUGGAUUGGCAUGGGGUUGGCAUUCGGAUCUUGUUUUAACAUGCCAACCCCACAACACAAUCUGCUCUGAUCUUUUUUUUUCUACAUUUGUCUCAGUUUUUGUAUUUGCAUGUUGAUUGACAUAUUGGCUAUUCCUAGCGUUAGGUGGUCUAUAGCCCGACCUUAUAUUGUGACUAUACUGAGUCUGGUUACUAUGUAGAACGUUAGAACUAAGAAGGUGAGGGAGUGAUGGAUCCUUGGUAGGGGCAGGUGAACUGGGGGGGGUUGUUGAGUUUAGGGAGGGUGAGGGGGGUGUUCAAUGCACACCAAAACACACUGGGGGUGUGAGAAGGGACAAGGUGACGAGGUGAAGAGGGGCGUGAGAGGUGACGAGCUGAAGUGGGGGCACAUAGUUAUCACAUCACUACCACCUGUGUCCUUGGAGUGGUGUGGAUUGGGGGAAAGAGUGUGACGAUGUGGUGUGGUUUCAGAGAUUGGAGGCCUCUAUUACCCAGGCAUGGCCAAAGAAGGCUAGCUCUGACAGGGCUAGCAACAUGCUAACUCGUGCCCAUGCCCAGCAAUAUGCUAACUCAUGCACAGCUGAUGAGGUCUUUUUUAGAAUCAAGCAAGGUUUUUAAUCCAAUCACACAGCUGCCUCUCUUGGUGUCUCUGUGUCAGGGAGGUUCCCUGUUUUGUGUUUUCGUUUGAAUGAUGUGCUGUUCCAGGCUCUAGGGGGAGAAACUUGGCAGGGCUGUUGGUGCACCAUUACUGGGGACACAAUUCAAGGUUGCACCAGUAUGAAGGACACAAGUUAAAUGGAUGAUAGCAUUUGUAUCAGAUUGUCUCUUUGUAAAUCUAUACUUUGGGGGAUAUUAAGACCAGAUGAAAGAGAGAGAUUCUAUGAGAACAUAGAACACAGAGGUGGUGUUAUAGCGUUAAGGGUUUGAGGAAAUGGUUUGGUGUGGAGCACAUAUUUUGACUAAAGGUGCAUAGAGUGACAUGACAUGGAAUGGAAUAGACAGGAUGUAGCAAUAUAUAGCGCAGUAUAGCGCAGUGGCUAGGCUACAGCUGCAUGGUAGGAUGGGGACGGGGGUGUGUUGUCAGUAGUUACAGGGUUCUUGGAAUGUUGAAGGCAUGCUCAUUGGUGAUGAAAAUCAGACUAACAAAAUGGCCGCAUACUGUAUCCUAUCCCGGCAGUGUGGACUUCAUUUUUACAUGAUGUAACCUCGGCAAGGAGUCUGAAAAUUACAGUAACAUGUUUUAAAAAAUAAGAAAAUAAAGAAUAAAAUGGCGUCAGAACCGUG